AUGCAACUCUCACAUGGCACGGCAAAGAACGCUCUAGUCACCAUGGUUACUGACGCAAUCCUACGCCAUCUUAAUGGCGACUUGUGUUAUGACCGUCAGACACAACGUCGGGAAACAAGCACAGAAUUUACCUGUUAUUUCGGGAAAAAUGGACGUUGGGCAUGGUCUAAUGAUUUGACCAAAUGUGGUAUUACGCAGGCCAGCUCACCAGGUGCCUGGGGAGCGGUCAGUGGCCGGGGUAGCAAUGGCAAUGCACCACAAGGAGGCGCAAAUGAUGGGUUCCUACUAACGACAGGUGGAGGAGAAAGCAUGAAGAUCCAAGCAAUAUUCCAACUACCAAAUCUAAAUCUACAACACAACUCUGGACUACUCUCCUUCCACUACAAGUUCUUUGAUUCUGGUGAGAGCAGCCUGACGAUUUCUGUCUGUGGUUUUAUAAUAGAUGAUGUCAGCCUACAGUCUAAUGGCGUCUGGGAGUUGGUGGAAAACAUCAGAAUCUACUGCAAUGGAAAUAACCCUACGGUAACCUUCAAUGCAACAUGGAGCAUUUCCUCCGGUCGCGUAGCCGUGGAUAACAUCCGGGUCGUGUCAACUCCACCACCAACUACAACUACUAAAGCAACAACAGCCACCUUCAAAUCGUCUACCAGCACGAAGCGGACAAUGAACACCACGACGAAACAUCGUACGAACACCACGGAGCACACGACGACCAGCAUGGCGACAUCGGAGUGGACAAGGUCUUCACCACGAUCAACAGGUAGUGAUUCGACAACGCCUGCCGUGGUGGAUAUCUCUUUCACUGAACCCUUGGUCUCAAUCCCCAGCCGUUUAGGUAGCCGGUAACCACUAUAAUGAUGCAUGCAUAUCGU